UUGGAACAAAAACAAAAACAAAAAACUACCUGACUAGAAAUGUUCUUUACAUGAUAAUAUCUUGAUCCUACGACAGCUCGCGUGAAAGUUGGAGAUACGCAGAGGUCGGUGGCUGAGAAAUAAGUGACGGAAUCAAGAUUUAACCUCAGAACUGACAGCAACCAGAACAAAAUGGCCAAAUUAGCAGAGUUCAACAUGGAAGGUGAUGACUUUGAUGUUACGGAGGACAUGCUGCAGGCAUUUGAGGAGCAGGGAUACAUUAUAGUCCGGGGGUUGUUGAAUGGUGACGAGCUGAUUAAAGUGAAACAUGUUCUUGAAGACUCGGAUCUUGUACCAGCACAUGGAUAUGGGAUUCCAGAUUCAUCAGGUCGAAUGCCGAAGAUGGUUUUGUGGAGAGCAGCAGGAAGUGAUGUUACUGGUAUGAUUUGUCGCUGUGAGAAAGUUGUGACUACAUCAGAAAAGUUACUUGGAGGGGAAGUGUACCACUACAGCUCCAAAUUAGUAAUGAAGGAGCCAUUUAUUGGGGGACGACAGGAAUGGCACCAGGACUAUGGAUACUGGUACCAGAAUGGUCUGUUGACCCCAGAUGCUCUCAGUGUGUUUGUGGCAAUUGACAAGUGUACUAAAGCUAAUGGAUGUCUACAAAUUUUACCAGGAUCUCAAAAAUGUGGCCGGAUAGAGCACAAAAUGGUAUCAGGACAGACAGGUGCAGACUUGGAAAGGGUAGCAGAGAUCCGUAAAAAAUUACCCCUUACCUACGUAGAGAUGAAUGCAGGAGAUGCCCUGUUUUUCCACUCGAAUGUCUUACACAUGAGUGAUCCUAAUGACAGUGGUGAUCGUCGCUGGGCCCUGAUAAUGGCCUAUAACCGGGCCAGCAAUAACCCUGUGGAGAGGCUGGCCGCACCCUUCCCGAGAUAUACACCACUAGUGAAGGUCCCAAACUCGGCAAUAUUGAGUUGUACCAAUGUCAGUGAUUUCACGGGAAAAGACUUCCUGAACCCAUUGGAUGACAAAACAGUGAAGGCUGACACUAACAAACCAAGCAACCUCCAGAAAGCCUAGUUAGAUAUCCAGUGUUAUUGAAGGUAGAACAGGUUACGGAUGUUUUACACAAACACAAAUAUUAAAAUAAAAAGAAAUGCCAAAUAAUCGUUUCUUACAUCUGUGGAAUAUCUUUUUGUGAAUUUUGGAACUAUAUUCACCCAACUGAUAUUCCAGCUAAUGAACUCAUAUAAUUUGACUUGUUAACAUAUGUCAUAAAGGGUAGUAGUGAUCAAUCACAACAGGCAGGAGAGGUCGGGUUCGUAGAUUUUGUUGUCUACCGGUUUCGCCCUACUUGGGCUUCAUCAGGACAAAGUUACACAAGUUUUUUAGCACCUAAUGUACAAAAAAUGAGGAUACCUCUUAAUUGUUGACUAUGACGUCCAUUCAAGCGGCAUAACUCCGUCACAUUUGUAUUACUGUUGAAUAUGUAGAGACACAUGUUUAAGUUAACAUCAACCUAAUUCAUAUACUUUAAAAGUGUUCAUUUCUAUGGGGCUUAGAUUUAGUGGUUUGACAGAAGAAUUUGUGGUUAAAUUUUUUAUUACGAAAUCUAUUAUGACUAUAAUCUAUGUCAACUAUUAUCAAUUUACUAUUUUGUAGACAUAUAUGUUCAUGGAUUUAGAAUAAAAAUAUAAAUCUCUCGAAAAUUAAUGACUGUAUAGUGUUUGCAAUAAGAUAAAAUAUGGUAUUGGAGAAAGGUUGUGAAUGGUAGUGAUUUGUAAUUUUAAAUAGUAAAUUACUGCACCUAUUUCUGUAACUUUUCACCAUGAGAAAAUAUCAGGCAUAGCUGUCCAGACUAACACGUCAGUUAUAACAUCACAAUAUCUCCUGAAAUAAAACAAAAUUGACAUCAAAUCACAUAUACAAACCAUACAUUAUAACUUCAUUGUUAUAUAAGAGAUUAAAUCUCUAAUAAAUCAGAUAAAAUAGAUGUGUACAAAUGAGGGGACAUUUUAAUGUCCAAAAGUGCCUAAUGCCAGUAUUAUACUACAUAGCCAUGCGUGAUAGUGGAACAUGGCAUUACCCACAACUUAUUGCCUAAUUUGGAAAUUUCAAAUUUUGCUCUGCAUGUUGUAGUCUGUUGAAUUUAAUGUUAAUUGUUAGUUAUUUAUGAUUAUUUCUUCAAGAUUAUUUGCUUUAAAUAGCAGGUGAUAUGGAGAUAUCUCGUUUUUGUGAUCAUUCACAAUGAGAAUAUAUAUAGAUCUUGUAUAUGAUAAGCCAUAAAUGGCAAGUGCAGUGUGUGAUCGGACUAUAACAGGAGGAAAACAUGUUACUUUAGCUUGACAAACGUACAAUAUGGUUAGUGCUGUGACGUACUGUUGCUCAUCACCUUUAGGACAAGUUGACAAGAGCCAAUUUAGCACAACGCCUAGCUCUGUUCACAAAAUUGCAAUUGAACUUCAGUUAUUUAGUAAGCAUUGAAGUCUGUCAUUCCAUCAGCCAGAUCUACACAACAUAUACUUACGUAUAUCAUUAUGGAAAUAUUUCUUAUUUUGGUGCUUUUGUGCUGUUUACUAGAUUCUGUAAUUGUGAAUUAAUUAUUCUUAUAUCCAUAAUGGUCAUACACUAAUACAGGUAGCUUAGUAUGAAAUGUAAUCAAGUUUAAUAUUUCACAAGAUGUAAAUGUGAUAUGUGCUGAUCAAUUUUAUCAAUAUUUUACAUAAGGAUAUGAAGAUAAUGAUUGUUAUAAAACUAUUUAUAGUUCAGUCUGUGUUUUCUGUAGCUUUAUAUUUCCUUUCUGUUAUGUUAAUAGCAUUUUUCCACUUUGGUGAUUUUCACCAGAAUGCCAUAGUAUUAAUUUUUGUAUUACAAUCAAAACGAUAUGUUAAGUAAUUUUAUCUUCCUAUUGUGUAACUCUUUAUUGUGUUCUUAUCAACAAAUAAGCAUUUAAUGUUAUUUGUUAUUGUGUUAUGUUUGAGUAUCCAGAUUAAUGUGGAAUUUGGAAUGGAAGUGACAUUGUGAUUUUUUUUUACAUUCCAUUUUGAGGAAACUUUUUUAAUCUUUUUCUUUUGAGAACUGAAUAAUUGUGAUGAAAAUUAAAAUUUUCUUAUCUUUGAAGUUUCUGAAACAUUUCGGUAACACUCAUUUGUGCAAUAAUAAAAAAGUAGAAUAGCAAGUAUUUAAAGUCAUUUCUCACUGUUGCCUGAAGUGUUUGAUGUUCGCGGCUGUAGAUGUGCUGUAAUAAAACCACUUUUAUUGCCUAAUACUACAAUUGUAUAUUUACUGACAUUUAAAACCAUGGUAACUGCUUCAUUUGCUACUUCAGUUGAUUUCUUUGCUUGACUUGUAAAACAUCUUAAUAAAAAUUGAUGUAAAGGA